UCCAGUCUGACUGCGGGAUUUCAGACGAAGUAUCAUGAUUAGGAAAGAUGUCCUCUUUGCCGGCUUAUUGGAAAUUUGAAACAUGAUUCAGCGUGAGUAUUGGGACUUGGUAAGGUAUCGGGAACCUUUCCCGACACAAAGAAUCCAGAUAUGAGUAUUGUGACUAGAAAGGUGUCCUUCUCUUCGUUAUAAUAAAGGCGUGGAAACCGCUUCAGAGGUGAGUAUCACGGCUGGUAAGGCAUCCUCUUCCCCGGCAUAAGCGAACUCAGACAUGAGUAUUGUGAUUGGAAAAGGCACCCACAUCCCCGGCAUAAGGAACCCGUGGAAAUUGAUCCAGGAAUGAGUUGGCCAACUUGGGGUAAUUCCAGAAAACGACGCGAAGCGACACUAUGUUCGAGUCUAUACCACUGGAGGAAUUGACUGACUCUAUUGAUCGACCAAUCAACCCGGGAUCGACCCGGUAUUCGUCCGAGUUGUCCCCACGGGGCAUGGAGUGUGGAAUACCGAGGUGCUUAAAGAAUACUCCUUUAUGGGGUGAGGGUGAAGUUGGAGUAUUGCCUCGACGACGAUCAUCUUGAUUUAAAGCCUGCAUCGCCUCGACUGAUCAAGUGAUGGUACGAAUCUAAGCUCUUCCCGAAUAAAGCAAACGACAUUACAAUAUGCUGAGCUCAUUACGCGGACCGGCCUUGGUCUGGGCCAUCACACUGUCGUCAGGAUCUUGCUACCUGCUUUUUGGAUAUGAUCAGGGUGUUUUGGGCGGUUUGGUGUCACAGCCCAGUUUUCUCGAUGCCAUCGGCAACCCAAGUGCCUCAUACCUGGGCACAAUCGUGGCCCUGUACAACAUUGGCUGUCUCGUAGGCUGCAUGGCAGCGGCGAUCUGGGGCAACAAAUUCGGCAGAUGCAAGACCAUACUCAUGGGAAAUGCUAUCAUGAUCGUUGGUGCCGUCAUUCAGGCAGCAACUUACGGUUCUGGACAGUUGAUUGCUGGUCGACUGAUUUCUGGCCUCGGAAAUGGCUUGAACACGGCGACAAUCCCAGUAUAUGUAUCUGAAACUGCACCAAGCCACAGGCGAGGCCGAAUGGUCGCUAUCCAGCUUUCUAUUGUCAUAUUCGGCAUCGUCUUAGCUUACUGGCUGGAUUAUGGGACAAUUAACAAUCUCUCAGGUGAGGUGGCCUGGCGUUUUCCUAUCGCUUUUCAGAUCGUCUUCGCUCUUGUUACCAUGGCCACUCUGCCGUUCCUUCCCGAAACUCCACGAUGGCUCUACUCCCAUGGCCGUAAAGAGGAGGCUGUUACGGUCCUUGCGAGACUUAUGAACAUCUCCGAGGAUGACGAUCGAGUACGCUUCAUCAAGAACGAGAUGGAAGAAUCUCUAGAACUCGAACGGCAACAAGGCAGCAUCACUCUGAAGGGCAUUCUCAACGACAAGACAGACCUGAAACCCAUGAGACGCCUUCUUCUAUGUUUCUUCAUUCAGUUCUUUCAACAAUUUAGCGGCAUCAACGCUGUCGUCUUCUUCGUUACCAUUAUUCUGGAGCAGAAUGUGGGCUUGUCGAGAUCUACUGCCAGUCUAGCAGCCGGGUUCAUUCAGAUGAGUUUCUGGAUUGGAACACUGCCACCAAUACUGUACAUUGACAACUUUGGCAGAAGGCCAACUCUCCUCAUCGGAUCGGUCUUCCAGCUUAUCUCACUGAUUCUAUUCACCGUGGGAAUUGCUAAGGAUGGGGGUGGGUACCCCAACCUUGCUCUGGCGAUGUUGGUUUUAUUCCAGAUCACGGUUGGAAUGACUUGGUGUACCGUACCUUGGAUCUAUGCACCCGAGAUCACGCCUCUUCAACUCCGCCACGUCGGCGCCGCCAUAGGUCCCUUUUCGGAAUGGCUUUGCACUUUUGUCGUGGUCCAGAUCACACCCACUGCCGUUGAGCACACGGGUUGGAAAAUAUUCCUGCUCUUCAUCCUGUUACAAGCGUUGAGUAUUCCAUGGGUCUACUUUUUCGUGCCUGAGACCGCCAGGAAGACACUCGAGGAGAUUGACUACAUUUUUGUCAAAGGUGAGGCUCAGGACCGCCUACACGAACGGAUGCAUGAGCAGGUCCAAGUCCAAGAAGUCGAUCGUCGUAGCAUGUCGGAGACAAAGGUUGGGGAAAGUCAGACCUUGGAGAUGACAUCUGUAUCUCGGAACGAUGACACGUCUCCUACAUCAAAGGUCUAGCUAUUGACGACGCGUUGCUGAUCCUAUAGCGAUGGGCGGAGCUACGACGUGCUUUGGGUCUAUUUGACAAAGCCAACAAAGCCGACCGAAACUGGAGAAUACAACCCUUCCGUAGACACCAUGAGCUCUAUGGUACUGUGGUGACGGAAAACGAUUUCCCGUAAAGUGGACCCAGCCUCCACCUCAUUCUGCAGGAUCAUCGCUGCUAGUUUCAGUCCUUGGGAGGCCCGAGAUCAAUUGGAGAUUGCAUUUUGUAGCGUACAUAGCGGUACCUCAUUU